AUGACAGGCCGGUUUCUGCUGUUAUUGGCUGCGGGUGCAGCUCAAGCCGCAGCCGCAACUAAUUCAUCCAAUACUCGCUUCUUCUCACCCGUUGGAAUCGCUCUCGGCGUCGAAGCCAAGCUGCAAACUCAGUCGUUCGCCCCUUUCUCACUCUCCCCGGAAAACCCGAUAGCGACCCUCGACUACGGGGCCGAGAGAGCGGGAUAUCCGGUCUUCGAAAUUUCCUCGGUGAACGGACCCACCCAGAUCGAGGUGAAGUACACCGAGCACUUUGACGGUCUGAAUCACCCCUUCGGAGAUGGUCCGUACAGCUUUUCGAACCAGCUUGGGAACAGUUUCCGUGUCGAGACUUUCAACAUCAAAGGGACGGGCAGACUUGAGUCCCCUCUCAUCCAAGGCGGUCAGAAGUGGCAGUCUGUCAGGCUCCUGACUAACGGAACCGUGUCGUUCUCGAACGUGGGCUUUGAGCCGACCAUUGCUGCCGUCGAGCCCGAGAACUUGCCGGGACAGUUUCACAGCGAUGAUGGGAAGCUGAAUGAGAUCUGGAAGUUGGGCGCGAGGGCCACAGUGGCGGCCUGCGUUGACAAGGGCACGCAACAAGCUAUCUGGGAAGUGGAUGAGGAGAACGGUGUCCUUGCACGUAGUGUACGGCCGUCUAUUACCUGGAAGGCAACCACUUGGACGAACUACACGAUCGAGUUCGACACCAAGAUCAAGAAGGGAGGCAGCUGGUGGGUUACGGGAGGAGCAAUCGCGGGCAACGGCUACAGCCUUCUCCUCACCGGCGAGCUCCCUGAGAGCAAUCGAUUCGUGAAUGUCAACAAGACGCUCACGCCUCCCAACACUAUCUCUCUCGCCUACGGGCCGGACUUUGUGAACCAGACCACGCUGACUUCCUACCUGUUGGACGUUUUCGAGAUCCCCUUCACGGUGAAGGAGGACACCUGGUACCAUAUCUCAACUUCGAUGUCUCCUAACGGCCAUCUGGCAGUCUUGAUCGAUGACACGCAAGUGCUGAAUGUUUCACGCUCUGCCUACCCCUGGGCUCUCGCAUCCUCAGCCAAUUCCUACUCUGGAACCCCGGACUUCACCGGUUCUUUCGGCUUCGGUGCAUACCAGGACCACGCCGCCUACUUCAAGAACGCACAUGCAUACGACACCGUCAACGGCUCCACGCUCUACUCGAACAAUCUCACCAGCCAAGAUGUCCUGGUCGAAUACGGCACCCGGGCCAACUACGAAAGCGUGUGCAUGGACGGACCAAAACGCGACAGACUCGUCUGGCUGGGAGACUUCUACCACACCGCCCGUAUCUCCGCCGUCAGCACGUCGCGGACAGAUCAGUCCCGGGGAACCCUCCAAGUCCUUCUCGACACGCAGCUUCCGAACGGCCAGAUGAGCAUCUCGCCGAACCUCGGCUACGAUCUCAAGUCCAUCGCCACUGCCCUGGCACCUUCGGGCAGCUACGGACUGCAAGACUACCAGCUCCUCGGCCUCAUGGCCUUCAACGACCACGUCCGCCUCACCAACGAUCUCGACUUCGCCCGGGCGACUUGGCCUCAGUGGCAGAAGGUGAUCGACUGGCUCCUCCCGCAAAUCAACUCGACGACCGGCCUCCUCACCUUUGACGGCGGCUUCGCGUUCACCGGACCCGCGGACGGCGGCUCGGCUAUCUCCUGCGAGGCGGUGCAGAGCUUGAAUGGCGCCGCGGACGUGGCCACCGCGAUCAACGACACGGCCUCGGCCACUAAAUACCGGGAAGCGGCGAGUUCGCUGGCGAAUGCGAUCAAUGAGAAGCUGUGGAAUAACGACAUCGGCGCGUAUGGCUACUCACUGGCCUCGCUCGGAGAUACCUCCGUUACGGGCACCGCGUUCUGCAUCACCUCCGGCGUGGCAGAUGCGAACCGCACGGCGCGAUCAAUCGCGGCUUUGUCGCAGCUGAAGCUGGGUCCCGGAUACAAGGACUCCUCGCAGGUGUCCUCGAACGACAGCAGCAUCAACAUCUCGCCCAACACCAAUGGCUUCCUCCUCUCGGCCCUCUUCAUGGGAAACGCCACCGCCACCGGCAAAGAGCUCAUCGAGAGCCUAUGGGGCGCGAUGCUCCCCGGCACCGAGGCGCAGAACAAGAGCGCGGUCGGCACGAGCUGGGAGUACGUCAACGCCGCGACCGGCCAGCCGGGCCUGGGCCUGUUCACGAGCCUGAGCCAUCCGUGGGGAGGCGCGGCGACGUACGUCUUGACGGAGUGGGCUGCUGGUGUUCAGCCCGCGGCCGGCGUCGAUGGGUUUGGGUACAAGAAUUGGGUCGUCGCGCCGGCUGCUGGUGUCGGGAUGGGGUUGCAGACGGCCAGCGCCAAGGUUGUCACUGCUUUCGACGGCGAGUUGAGCGCGGAGUGGAAGAUUGAGGGGAGCGACUUGUAUGUUACCAUUCGGGCGCCGAUUGGGACCAAGGGCGAGUUCGUCUACGGUCAGAAGAGCAUUGAGUUGCAUGGGCGGUCGGUGUACGAGUUUCAUGUCGAUUCUUCGCUUGAAGCUGGCAUCGUUUAG